AUGACUUCGAAGGGUUAUGAAAGUGAAGAAUUAGCCCUCACAACAGAAGAGCAAGAACUCACCGAGCAAUUGAAUGAGGAACCUUCAAAUAUUGAAAAUACACCUGGAAAUGAUAUCACUACAGACAACAUUAAGAGGAUUCAGAAAGAAUACCUUCCGAACGAAGUCAUGGGAAAAAGAACUAAUCUGUCGUUAGAUUUAGGAAUAUUCCGCGACGUAGAUGGAGUAUUGAGGAGCAAAGGACGUUUUGGGAAAGCAAAUUUGCCAUAUGAAAAGAAGUAUCCAAUAGUGAUCCCAAAACAAUCGUCUUUGGCAACCCAGAUUAUUAAAAGGACACAUGAAGAAAAUUAUCAUGUAGGUGUACCCCACACCUUGAGUAUUAUAAGAGAAAAAUAUUGGAUACCCCAGGGACGUGCUCAAGUACAGAAAGUUAUUAGAAGGUGCCCACAAUGCGUGAAGUAUGGUGGAGGCCCUUUUCAGUUACCACCAGCACCGGAGCUACCAAGUGCAAGAGUAAAUUAUAGCUCACCUUUCCAUUUUACCGGCUUAGACUAUCUAGGACCUGUCCUAGUAGAUACAGAUAAAGGAAAAGAAAAAAGGUGGAUAUGUCUAUUAACAUGUUUAGCAGUACGAGCUUUGCAUCUAGAAUUAGUUAAAGACUUAUCAGCGAAGGAGUGCUUACUAGCCAUUAGGAGAUUCACAGCUAUUAGAGGCAUACCGGACACCAUAAUCUCUGAUAACGCACUCCAAUUCAAACUGACCAGUGAAGUCCUAUCGUCAGAAUACUGUAUGAAUAAAGGUAUUAAAUGGAAAUUUAUAGCUCAGCUAGCACCUUGGCAGGGAGGCUUUUAUGAACGACUAGUAGCCUUAGUUAAGCACUGCUUGAAACGCACGUUGGACAAACAUCUGUUGACUGAGAACCAGAUGACAACGGUCCUUAAAGAGGUGGAAUCGGUGCUUAACACUAGACCGUUGACUGCAGUAGGUGCAGAGCCAGAAGAAGUACUGAAGCCAGCCGACUUCUUGACCCUUGGACAGUGCUUAGAUUUAAACACAGAUUUACAGACAAAUCAACAACUGACAAAUACAAAGGUUGACCUAGUGCAAAGUUGGAGAAGAAGUCAAAUGAUUCUUGAAGAAUAUAAAAGAAUGUUCAUUAACCAAUAUUUGCCAAGUCUUAGAGAGAGAUCCUUCCAAACACACAAACAAACAAGAAUUAAAUCUAAAAAAGUACCUGAAAUAGGAGAUAUAGUUCAAAUCAGAGAUGACUCCAAGAAUAGGACAAAUUGGAAAGUGGGAAAAAUUGUCUCACUGAUUAAGGGCCAAGAUGGUGUUGUAAGAGUUGCUAGAGUCAAAGUUAAUGAUACGGAAUUCACACGAUCUCUUGGCCACCUGUACCCGUUAGAAGCAGACGAUGUUGAAGAAACUUGUAUACCAAAUAAAGAACUGCCUGAAAUGGUCAAUCAGGAAGAAAAUAGAGUAGUAAGAAUGGAAGAUACUUUAGACUCCAGUAACGUUGAUGAAAUGCCUCAAGUGCCUGUAACGGACACAAGUAGCCCGGUUAUACCUCCGGAUCAGAUAAUUGAUAACAAUAAUCCAGAGACCGUUCCUAGCGAUGAAUCUUUAUCAUUACAAGAAAAUCCACUGACUUCUGUAGAAGAAACUUGCCCUACUCCGACAGACUUUGUUGAAGGUUCAGUAAUCGAAAGUCCUAGUAGAAAUGAGAAGAGAGACGCUGCCAUUAAAGCCAGAGAGAAGAUAGCGGAAUGGACGCGUCACCUGUUAACCGUCUUGUAA